ACGUUGGUCCUCGUGACUUGUACGUCACCUAUGAGAUGAGUUCGUACAAACAUGUGGUGUUUUUACCCGAUUAUCAGUCCUUCAACUUCAAAACGAAAGUGUUUGAACGGCGUAUAGCUGUAGAUCGUACAAAGUUUGAGACUAUCUUCGAUUACGUGAAGGCAUGUUCAGAUAAAGUUGACAAACUUGUAGCAACCGCGAUUUUGUAUUCAAAUUAUACUGACGCGUUGGAAAACAAAAUUUCUGCUGUAGGUAUUGAUUCUUUAAAAAAAACCCUGCAAGAAAAAUUCAGAACAUUCAAGUGUGAAAUGUAUGACCAUUUGGUGGGUCGUCUUCUUGAUAUGUCUUUGGUUGGCGUUUUGGCAGGAGCCAUGAGUACCGCCUUGGUUGCAUCAACACCAGCAGCUGCAAUUAUGUGCCCCGUUGCUAUUUUGGGUUUGAGCGCAUUAAGGGUUUCUGAGAUGUAUGCAUCGUAUAAAGCAAAAGUUGCUGAAAAUCCUCUCGGGCAAUUUCUCGCAUGGAUUGAUGACACUGAGUAUUAUUCGGGUUGGUCAGAUGGUGAUAUAGUUCCUUUCACGUCGUAUCGCUUUGAACAAAUGUCUAAACGCAUAAGAGAGCUUGAAGAGGGAUACGAUCGUAUCAAUGAAUUAACCAACAUUAAAAUUCUGACUGAGAAUCCGCAAAAUCAACCAAGUGAUGAAAAUUUUUUGAAGGCAAUUGGCAAAAUUGCGGAAACAAGCAAAAUUUUAAAGGCUGAUCCAGCUGAUUUUGUAGAACCAAUGAUGGAUUCGUUUGAUCCGAAGGAAGUGGAGAUAAACAAUGAGAGUCAGUGGAUAGAACCAUCGGAAGAGGAGAAAAAUUUUAAACCUGACGAAGAGCAAGCGCAAGCAAUUGAUUUUUUCCUGAAUACAAAUAAUGAGGACGGUAGGAUACUCAAAACUAUAUCGAUUGUUCCAAAAUUAGAUCUUUAUUUGGAUGGUAAUCAUCAGCAUGCAGAUCCUGAAUAUGGAGCUACCGCUUUGCAACUUAAAAAUGCACUUAAACCAAUAUUGCAAUCACAUAGUGGUAAUAUUGAGGUGUUGGCAAAUUGGACAUAUGUUUUAGGUCCACCUGGAACUGGUAAAAGUGUUGUUAUGGGAGCUGUAGCAACACAUGCGAUGCUUUAUGUCAGCGCGACCCGAAGAACGAAGAGUGAAGCUCGAUUCGGAAUGAUUGCUAUAGAUGAAUUUGUUUUGAUUGAACCCAUGGUUUUGACAGGUUUGUUGACUUUGGCGGCUCAACAUAACUUGAAUGUGAUUGCAUGCGGCGAUUUUAAACAAAUAUGUGCUAUCAAUUAUUGUAAGGGUGUACCCAUUAAAACUCGUGAUUAUACAGAGAAAUUGAUCGAAUGUUUUCCAAUGAAUGUUGAAUUGCGUCGCAAUUAUCGUUGCCCUCGUGAUCAAGUGAAUCUCUUGAAUCACAAUAUGGGUUAUAAUAUGAUAGCUAUGUCACCGAUCGAAAAAGGAAUUUUUUUCGAUCAAGAGGAACAUUUUGAUGCUGAAUUAAUCACUUCUUAUGGGAAAAAUCGGCGUAGACUGACUCAAGAAAAAUAUAUGGAUAAAAAAAUUGUAGUUGCGAAUCGAAAGUUGACUGAAAGAGAGAAACGAGAGAUUAUUGUGAAUAUGGUGUUUACCACGCAUCAAUCGCAAGGCUGUACAGUCAAAACACAUUGGUACAAUGCCGAUUAUGCAGAUUUGCGGUUUUUGAAUGCACAUCCCGAAUAUAUCAAUGUGGCUUUAUCAAGAAAUACCGAGGCUCUGUAUAUGAAUAAUACAACCAAAGAUGUGUCGACACAAUUGCUCGAUCCUAAUAUGCACGACAAAUUCACCAUGCGAAUGGCUAAACCACCCGAAUUAGAAGAGUUGUCGACUACGAACAUAAUAUCAUAUUACGUUAAUCAUAUUCAUAUAGACAAAACAUUGCAACAAAUGCAAAAAUCCGGUUAUGAAAAAAUUUCCUUCAUAAACAAUUUUGAAGAUAAUGUAACAAGUUUUCCCAAGUGCAAUCUCAAAAUGAAUCUCAAAGUGCGGAAACUGUGGGAAAAGAAAAAAGAGAAUCUUCGCGUUUACAAUGGUACACCCCGUGUUAUAGAGGCUUUUGUUGAUCAGGAAAAAAUCCGAUUGUUCAAUUUGGUCGACGAUGACGAGAUGUUAGCUCUGUAUGAAUAUCUAGAUUCAUUAGAUAAAAGUAAAAUAGGUCAAAUCACGUAUGCUAAUCAGUUAAUGUUAUUACGUGAAAAGUUCCAUGCCUAUUGUAAAAAUCGCGUUGCUAGCAAAUACGAAAUAUAUGCGCAGAUUGCGGAAAAAGCAGGUCAGGGUAUUAUUUAUUGUGGGAAAAAUUUUAAUACAAAAUUUUCGCCAAAAAUUCGUGCUAUGAUGAUACGGGUUCAAGCGUCUUUGUAUGAUUGGUGUAUUAUAGAUAUGGAUUUGAACGAAAAACAAUUGCAAACUAUGCUGUUGAAACUGGGUUUUGAUGAUCAAUGA